AUGUUUUCUUUCGUGACAUCUAUGGCGGGUAAGCAGCCAUCUGCGCCAUUCUCAUUCAGUACAGCUUUGACAUUGAUGUGGCCAGCUGCUCUUCGGCCCCAGGCUCUUCCUCGCACGUUAGAACAACUUCUCGAAAAGCGAGAGUCUUCUUCAGAGCAUCAGAGUCAUGAAUCACCGGCCAAAGACGGGAUUUGGCUGGCGGUUCCUAAGAAAAAGGUCUCCCAUCAAAAAAAGAGACAGAAGCUCUAUGGUCCUGGCAGGAAACAAUUACAAAUGAUACACCAUUUAAACCGCUGCCCCUCUUGUGGCCACUUUAAGCGGGCGAAUACUUUAUGCAUGCACUGUGUCGGACAGGUCCACCACAUAUGGAAGGCCCAUACUGCUAAGGAGAACUCAGAACCUUUACAAGAACAGGGACUCUCGGACUUAGACCACAGGAUAUUAUACCCUGGUAACAAGAAAACAGAGUACGCCAAGAAGCUCAAGGAUAAAGACAGCUAUCUCGAUCGUCGUUUGAGGUCAUUGCCAGCUAAAGAUUUAGACAAAUGA